ACAAAUCAUUGGAGACAGGCAAGAAAGUUCUCAUUUACAAAUUAGCUUUUGAGAAAGGUUCUAUUCAUGUAAGUAAUUUUGGAGCUUCAGCAGAUGCAGAUAAUAAAAAUUUCCAGUUAUUAGUGGAUGCAGGGGUCAAUACUUUAUUUUUUGGGGAUUCCGAUAAAGAUGAUAUUAUAGAUAUCAAACUCGUAAGUAUGGCUGGGAUAGGUUUGGGAGGUGGACUCACACUUCAAGCUGGAGCAUGUAACAAUGUCGAUCAAGAUGUAUCAGUUGAUCCCGGUAGUGUAGCAUUUAAAGUUGCAGUCAUAAGUGUAAAGUUAGGAAAAGAAACAGGUUUGAGUAUGCCCUUUGGAGAAGUAUUGAUUGAUUUCGUUAAUGUCAUGGAUA